AGGAUUGAUACCUAAUACUAGUUAUACUAUUGGAGUGAGAGCAUAUACUAGUAUUGGACCAGGAGAAUGGACUAAUAGAGAAUACACUACUAUUGAAAUACCUGUCAUUCAAACAUUCUCUAUAACAAAGCUCAAUUCUACAGCAGUGAGGGCUAAGUGGAGUUUCGUUUCUGGAGCUAGUCAUUAUACUGUCUAUUAUGAGUCAACCAGUAGCUCCUCAAGGAAGAAGAGACAAGUAGAGACAGGAAUGAGAGUAUUCCCAGGUGGUACUGCUGAAGGUCUAAUAGGAGGAUUAGAUCCUAAUCUGAACUACUUGUUCUCUAUAUCUAUAUCAUUUAAUGUUAAUGGAAUCAUUUAUGAAGGAGAGAGGACUCAACCAAUACCACCAGGUAUUACUCUAACUCCUACUAUUGUAUCAAGCACUUCAUCAGUCAUUAGUGUUACAGGAUCAUCAACAAUUACUUAUUCUACUGAAACAACUACCAUGACUACUGCAUUGACUACUCCAUUGACUACUGCAUUGACUACUGUGUCAACUACUGUAUUAGUCAAUAAUGGAGGAAAUACUGGAGUGAUAGUUGGACUAAGUGUAGCUCUUACUGUAUUAUUAGUACUGGCUAUAAUUAUAAUUAUUAUACUGGUACUGGUUAUGCACAUAAAAAGGACUAAUAUUAAUCAAAAAAGAAAAUCAGAUAAUGACAUUGUAAUGGAGUGCAGUCCAGCUUAUGCUACAACUGAAUUUAAAACAAAUACUACUGAUGAUAUACUAAUGAAGGAUAGUCCAGCAUACAGUACAGUACAACAAACACAAUCAACUGUUGAGCCAGUGUAUGAUACAACUAAUAAUGAAUAUGAGACUCCUCUUCCACCACCUGCUGAAUAUGAAAUACCAACUGUUUAAUAAUGUACUCAUCUUUUAUGUACAUACAUUACUAUACAAUACAAUUAACAUAAUAUAUUUGUUGUACAUGCAGUUAUGUUGCCA